GUGAAGUACAAAGAGGAGCCCGUGCUGUUCGACAGCAGAUCAACUGAGCUCGGGAAGUUGAGGAACGUUUUCAAACAGAGCGAGGUGAAUUUACAGCAAAAUCCUCAAAACCAUGUAUGAGCCUCGGUACUACGAUAGCCCCCCUGUUUACAGCCCGCCUUACAGCACCAACUCCCAAAGCUUCUAUCCCCUCAGGAGCGUCCACUCACCCCAGAGCCACUAUGUCCCCUACAAUGCCCCCCCUCACUCCAAGUACAAUGAAGAGAAGCCUCAACACUUCUACCGCUGGUUUUCUCCUCCUGGUUUCGUCAAAACCUUCCAAGGAGCUACAGUACUCAUGUGUUUUCUCAUCUUCGCCUGCGUGGCUUCGACCCUGGUGUGGGACAUGAAUGGGUUUGGAUACGGGGGCUACGGUGUCGGGGCUACAGGGGCGGUGGCAGGGAUGGAGUCGGGAUAUUAUGGAGGUAGCUACGGCUAUGGUGGCUCUUACAUGACGCCACAAUCUGCCAAGUCGGCGAUGAUUUCCAUGGCAGCAAUUAACUUCCUAGUUUCUCUGGGCUUCCUGGUGGGGAGUUUCUCACGGUCUCGGAUCAUGAGGGGAUGCCGGUUCUACCUCACUGUGUUCAUUUGUGAUAUCAUCUUAGCUGUCCUUCAGGGCAUCAUCGACAUCAUCUUUGUGAUCGGGGUGAACCCGAUGUCCCAGAGCUCUCAGAGUAUGCUGUACAAUCCCAUGCUGAUGAUGUGCCAGAACAUCCAGGGCAGCCCCAGCCUCAGCGGCAGCGUGGGGGCCGGUUUUCCAGGGGGGUUCCCCAUGUACAAUCAAUACCUGCACCACUACUGCUACAUGGACCCCGAGGAGGUGGUUGGGUUGGUGUUGGGUCUGAUGGUGGUGUUGGCCCUGUCCCUGUCUGCUUACUACGCCUAUAAGACCCGCAGCAAGAUUUGGCAUCAUGGCAAAGCUAACAUCUACUGGGACGAGCCACUGGUCAGGUCGUCAGAGUGCCAGGAUGUACAGGAUUGGGUGAACCUUGUUGGAGAGGUGCGCAGCACCCAGCAGGCACCAACUGUUGUAUCGGAGAGAGCAGCACCUGACCUGAGGGCGGGGAACAGCGUGGUCUCCUACGGCAACGGAACAGUCAGCAUCCACAGUGAGGGAAAUUGUAAAAGCAAAAGUUUCCCUGCCGACAACAGUAAUCAUCGGGCCGCGGAGCCUUUGUGCCAGAACAGCACGGUCCCGGUUUGCUGCAGCAGCUCCUCGGAGGAUGCUGACAGCAUCAGGAAACCUCCUCCUUACCAUGUGGAGAAGGAACAGAGAAAGGGCCGAGGGCCCCGGCCUGCUGCUCAGGAGAGGAUGGAGUCCCCAUAUGAAACUGAUUACACCACCGGAGACACUGCCAAUGAGCUGGACGGGGACCACACAGAUUACCUCUACAGACUGUACCCAGAAAUAACUUCAGACGAGCAGCGCCGGCAGUACAAGAAGGAGUUUGACUCCGAUCUGGCCUGCUAUAAGAGCCUCUGUGCCGAAAUGGAUGACAUCAGCGACCAGAUGCACAAACUGAGCCGAGAACUGGACAUGUUGGAUGAGGACUCCAUGAAGUACCAGGGUGUGGCAGACGAGUAUAACCGACUGAAAGUACUGAAAAGGACGUCAGAUUAUCAAGCAAAGAAGAAGCAGUGCAAAGAGCUUCGGAAAAAACUUUUCCACAUCAAACGUCUGGUGAAAAUCUUUGACCAAGGUCUUUGUUAGUGUCUU